GGCGGGCCCGGCUCGGGAAGGCCCGGGCGUGCUGCAGAUGCAGUGCUCCGCGCGCAGUGGCCCUGCUCAGCUCGUCGCCGGCGUGGCCUCCGACGGCGCCCUGCUGCUGGCGCCGCCGCCGGAGGCCGCGUCGUCCUCCGCGUCGCCGGGGAGGCGGCUGCCUGACGUGCCCGACGUCUCGGGGCGGGGUCUGUUGGAUCUGGCCACCUUCGCGGACUUCAGUGAGCAGCUGCUCGCCGAGCGGACCAGGCUGGAGCAGGGGGCCCUGGAGACGGUCGAGGCCCUGGAGGCUGCCAUGCAGCGGCAGCACGAGAGGGCGGUGGUCCUCGAGAGCGCCCUGCGGGAGGAGUGCCAGGGGCAGCUCCAGGAGGAGGCGAGCCUGGCAAGGCUCGAGUCCGUCUCCCUGGCGGCGACGUGCCGGGAGGCCGCGGAGCUCAGGCUCGAGCUCCGGGACCUGCGCGCCUCGGCGGGGCACGCCUCCGACUCGCUUCGGCAGGAGGCCUGGGAGGCGCGCGAGGAGGGCAGGCAGGAGCGCGAGGCCUGGCGGCUCCAUGCGGAGCGGCUGGAGACGGAGGCCGGGCGAUCGAGCGGCGCGCUGGAGACCCGGCUGGAGCUGCUGGAGCAGCAGCAGGCCGCCCAGCGGCGCGACGACCAGCAGCAGUGCGACCGGCUGGAAGCGCAGGCGGCAGAGGGCUGGGCGCGUGUCAGCACCCUGCACCGCGAGGGCGAGGACCUGCGCGCGAGGGUGCAGGGUCAUGAGCGUCGGGAGAGGGACCUCGAGGCUACGUGCCAGAACUUCUGGCAGAAGCUCGAGGCCGUCUGCAUGGACCUCGAGGCCGCCCGGCGCGACGCCGGGGCCACGCCGGCGCUGGGCGACGAGGGCGCCCUGCUGCGCCGCGAGUUCGAGCUGCAGGUCGAGGCCCUGCAGGGCAGCGCCCAGAGCACUAACGCGCAGCUGCAGAGCGGCCAGGAGGCACUGGCAGAGGCGCUGGCGGGGGCGCUGCGGGACGCGGAGGCCAGCGGCGCGCGCGUGCUCGGCGAGGCGCGGGUGGAGGAGGUCCAGGUGGCGCAGGGCACGCAGGACGAGAUGGCCCUUCGCUUGUCCGCAGCCUACGAGGAGCUGCGGCAGCGCGAGCGUGACCGGGCCGACUACACGCACAACCUCGGCAGGCUCGAGGCCGGGCUCGAGGGCGCCGUGGGCGCCAUCGAGAGGAGCCGGGAGCUCAACGAGCGGCUCCGCUGCGAGGUCGACGAGAGUGCAGGCUGUAUCCGCGAGCUGCGGCGGGAAAACGGAGCGCUGAGCCAGGAGCUGGGGGUCGAGCGGCACGAGCGUGCCGCUCACCUGGAGCCGGCUUCCCGGCCCCGCGCCGUGGGGCUGGACGCGGUGGCCCGCGAGCAGAGGCUGGAAGGCGAGGGCGCGAGCGCGGCGGACCAGCUGCGCGGCAUGGCGGAGCCGCGGAUGGGCGAGGCCUCGCAGCAGGCGGUUGUCCGGGAGCUGCAGGGUGCCCUCGAGCAGCAGCGCCUGCUGGAGGCCUCCGCGCUGGCCCGCGUCGCGGAGUUGGAGCGCUCCACAGAGCAGCAGCUGCUCGAGGCCUCGCAGCACGUGCGAGAGCACGAGUCACACAGGCUUCGCAUCGAGGAGCUCGAGCGAGAGCUGGAGGUGAUGCUUCAGGAACGAGUGGAGUUGCGCAAGCAAGAGGCCUCCUCUCGGGAGUACCAGCGGCACUUGGAGGACGCGUUAGCUGAGCAUGCAUGCGUCGCCCGUGAUUUGCAGUGCGAGCUGGAUCAGCGUACCGAGCAUAGCGUGUUGCAGCAAACGCGCGUGAAGGACCCGGAGGCCAUUCCGACACAGUACACAUCGGAUGUGCCGCAACAAGCUCCAGCUGGGAAUCCGGAGCGCGACCUGGAGCGGAAGGGUGCCGUGCAGCAAGAGCGCUUGAUGGAGCUGGAGGCCGCGUCUGCCCGCCAGAUCCAGCAGAAUCACGUGCACCUGACUCGCAUUGGUGCGCUGGAGCUGGAGCUGGAGCGUCUGCGCCCGCAGGAGCCCUCGGCCCGCGCUCGCGCCCUCGGCCGGGAGGGCGCGGGCGCCGAGCAGGGCCUCCGCGGCACGCCGCAGGGGGCGAGCCUGCAGGACCUGCGGCACGAGCUGGAGCAGGCCCAGCAGGAGCUGCGCCAGGCGGCUCGCGCGAGGGAGCUGGACGAGGAGCGCCAGGCACGCGCGGGGGAGCUGGAGCUGGAGCUGCAGCGGCUGCGCCAGCAGGAGGCCUCGCUCCGUGCGACCAUCUGGCAGCUCGAGGGCGCGGCGUCGCAGCAGAGCCUCCGCGACGCGUCGCAGCAGGCCCUCGCGCACGACCUGCAGCAGCGCGAGCUGGCGCAGCAGGCUCGGCUCAGGGAGCUGGGAGGCGCAGCCGACCAGGGACGCUGGGAAGACGCGACGCGGCAGCCUCGAGAGGAGGAGCUGGAGCGACUCCUCGAGCGGGCGCUGCGGAGGGAGAGGGCGCAGCAGGCCCGGUCUGCGCAGCUGGAGGAGGAGCUGCGGGAGAGCACCAGGCCGCAGCCCCUGCAGCAGGAGGAGCGGCUGGCCGAGCUGGAGCAGGAGCUGACGGACACGCGCGGGAUGCACCACUGGCAGCGGGCGCGUCACAGGGAGCACGUCGCGGAUCUGGAGCGCGAGCUGGCGGAGAGUCGGCGGGGGCGCGCGCUGGCGGAGGCGAGCGGCGGUCUCGAGCGGCGACUCGAGAUGGAGGUGGCGGCGGCCCGCGCGGAGCUGGAGGUGCGCUUGCAGCGGCAGCUCCGCCAGCUGCACCGCGCGCAGGAGCUGCAGCGCGCGGGCCUGCGGCGCGGCCACGCCGCGCAGGCGCAGGUCGACGCCCUGGAGCGGCUGCUGCGCGAGCUUGAGAUCGGCCUGCCGCGCGAGUCGCCUGCGGCGGCGCCCGCCGCGCUGGCGGCGGCGGCGGCGGCGCAGGGUGUGAGCGCGCAGCAGAUGGUGACCGUGGUCGAGGCUCCGGCGCGGGUGCAAGAGCCCGUCCUGCGUCUCGUGGCGCCUCUGCCGAGCGUGGCGUCGCCAGUUCGCCGAGCGUCUGCCGCGCUGUCGCCAGGCAGCUCUGCCUCCGUGGUGUCUUCAGCAGUCGUGUCGCCAGGCGCGCCGCCCAUGGGGCUCCUCGCGUCGCCCUUGCGCUGGAUAGGCCAGUAGGGG